CGACUCCGGCUUCGGGCCACAGAGACGCACCGCUGCUCCCCUUCUGUGCUGUUUAGUGCGUCGAGCGUCUGAGGGAAGUUGAGUUCGCGCGUCUUGUUGUGCGUCUGGACCAAGCAGCAGCAGCAGCAGCAGCAGCAGCAGCAGCGGUGCGCCUUUCCUCCUCCAGAGCCAUCCCGGAGGCAUCCCGGGGAGCAGCCACGGCAGGACACCACAGAGGAGGAGGAUACUGCGUCCUUUAUUAUUCUUUUGACUCAUUGAGACAUCCAUAUUUUUCAUUUCCCUGAUGGUCACCAACAUUGAGCAGCCGGAGACAUGUGGAAUAAUCUGGGGAAAGUGCAGUGCUUCUCGUUAGUGUGUCUUCUCCUGACGCUGCGGGCGGAGGUGUCUCAGUCCACGGGUUACUUCGAGCUGCAGUUGAUUUCGGUGGAAAACCCUAAAGGUCAGCUCCUGAACGGCGACUGCUGCGACGCGGAGAAGAGCGCGGCGGAGGGCCACUGCGGCGCGGACGAGUGCGACACAUACUUCAAAGUGUGUUUAAAGGAAUACCAAACGGAGGUCACGACCAAUGGACCGUGCACCUACGGCUCGGAAACUACUAAGGUUAUCGGUGGGAAUACUUUUCAGUUCAAAGGCGGACAGAAAAGCGGACAGAACCGGAACAACGAUGCUGGGAAGAUCAUCAUUCCCUUCCAGUUCGCGUGGCCGCGAGCGUACACUGUGAUAGUGGAGGCGUGGGACAAAGACAACGGCACACACAGCAAUGAUGACGAGCUGCUGAUUGAGCGCAGCAUCCACAAAGGGAUGAUCAACCCUGGUGAGGAGAAGCAGACGGAGGAGUACAAAAGCUUGAUCGCCAGACUGGAGUACACCAUCCGUGUGCGCUGUGACGAACACUACUACGGCAGCAAGUGCAACAAAGUGUGCCGUCCCCGCGACGACUACUUCGGCCAUUACGUGUGCGACCAGUUUGGGAACUUAGAAUGCAUGGAGGGCUGGACAAAUCUUACGUCAAGCUGCAAAUCAGCCAUCUGCAAACAAGGAUGCAGCCUCGAGCAUGGGACGUGCAGCAUGCCGGGGGAAUGCAAGUGUAACUACGGCUGGCAGGGUCCGCUCUGUGACGAGUGCCUGCCGUAUCCCGGCUGUGUUCACGGGACCUGCAGCGAGCCAUGGCAGUGCACCUGUGAGAAGAACUGGGGAGGUCUGCUGUGUGACAAAGAUCUGAACUACUGUGGGACCAACCGGCCCUGUAAGAAUGGAGGGACGUGCAUGAACACGGAGCCGGACGAGUAUAACUGCGCAUGUCCAGACGGCUACUCCGGCAAAAACUGCGAGAUCGCGGAGCAUGCCUGUGUGUCCAACCCCUGUGCCAACGGAGGGACGUGCCAUGAAGUCCCAUCAGGCUUUGAGUGUCACUGUCCGGCAGGCUGGUCCGGGCCGACCUGUGCUAAAGACACAGAUGAAUGUGCCUCCAGCCCCUGUGCUCAGGGUGGGACCUGCAUCGACAUGGAGAACGGCUUUGAAUGCCUCUGCCCUCCACAGUGGACGGGCAAGACCUGCCAGAGAGACGUUAAUGAGUGUGCGGGGAAGCCUUGCCUCAAUGCUUACUCUUGCAAAAACUUGAUUGGUGGAUAUCACUGUGCCUGCUUUCGUGGAUGGGUGGGCCAGAACUGUGACAUAAAUAUGAACAGCUGCCACGGUCAAUGUCAGAACGGAGGGACCUGCAAGGGGGUGGCCAGAGGCUAUCAGUGUGUUUGCCAGGCAGGAUUUUUGGGUCGGCACUGUGAGGUUCAGAGAAACCGCUGUGCAAGCAGUCCAUGCAGGAACGGUGGCCGCUGCCACGCCCUGCUUGACGGGUUCAUGUGUGAAUGCCCGCAAGGCUUCGCCGGUACAACCUGUGAGGUGCAGAAUGACCCGUGCAGCCCGAACCCAUGUCACAAUAAGGCCCAGUGCCACAGCCUGAUGGGAGAUUUCUACUGCAGCUGCCCAGACGAUUACGAGGGCAAGACCUGUUCAGAGCUCAAGGACCACUGCAAGACUAACCAGUGUCAAGUGAUUGACAGUUGCACCGUUGCUGUGGCAACCAAUGACACCCAAAAGCGGGUGUGGCACAUCUCAUCCAAUGUGUGCGGUCCACACGGCCGCUGCAUCAGCCUGCCCGCCGGGAACUUCAGCUGCUCCUGCGAGGCGGGAUUCACUGGCACCUACUGCCACGAGAACAUUAAUGACUGUGCAUCAUCCCCCUGUAAAAACGGAGGCACCUGCAUCGAUGGGAUCAACUCCUUCCAGUGUUUCUGCCCAGACGGCUGGGAGGGCAGUCUAUGUGAUGUUGAUGUGAAUGAGUGCAACAGGAACCCCUGUCAGAACGGAGGCCAGUGUGUCGACCUGCUCAACGACUUCUAUUGCAACUGUGUGGACAACUGGAAAGGAAAGACCUGCCACUCACGUGAGAGCCAGUGUGACUCCACUACCUGCAGUAAUGGAGGGACGUGUUAUGACCACGGAGACUCCUUCCUGUGUAGCUGCCCCUCAGGCUGGGGAGGCAGCACCUGCAACACAGCGAAGAACAGCACAUGUGACUCGGGUCCGUGCGAGAACGGUGGGACGUGUGUCGGAGGUGGGGACGCCUUUACCUGCAUCUGCAAGGACGGCUGGGAGGGACCCACCUGUGCACAGAAUGUUGAUGACUGCAGUCCACAUCCCUGCUACAACGGUGGCAUCUGCGUUGACGGCGUCAACUGGUUCCGCUGCGAAUGCGCCCCGGGAUUCGCCGGACCGGACUGCCGCAUCAACAUAGACGAGUGUCAGUCGUCCCCUUGCGCCGAAGGUUCGACCUGCAUGGAUGAAAUCAACGGCUACCGCUGUGUUUGUCCUCCGGGACACGCUGGACCUCGCUGUCAAGAGUUCAUCGGACUUGGGAAGUCGUGUCGUCACGCUGGCUUGCAGUUUCCUCACGGCAGCCGGUGGGAAGAGGAGUGCAAUGCCUGCCAGUGUGUCAACGGAUACGUUCGCUGCUCCAAGGUGAGGUGCGGUCGUCGGCCCUGUCUCCUCCCCAAAGCUCUGCCUCCUCCCGCGGACACAAACCCUGCGUCUUGCCCCGGAGGUCACGAGUGUGUGGAGCAUCAGUUCCUCACCUGCUUCUCGCCGCCCUGCCACCAGUGGGGUGUUUGUUCAACGCCGGACCCCCCGACACCCCUGCACACCCAGUGUGAGCCCAACAGCGGUUACCUCGACAACCGCUGUGCUCGCAUCACGCUCAUCUUCAAGAAAGACAAAGUGCCGCAGGGCACCACUGUAGAGAACAUCUGCUCUGAGCUGAGGUACCUCCCUGUGACUCAGACGCUGGCCGAGGAGCGAGCACUGCUCAUCCUCUGUGACCUGUCCUACUCCAACAGUGACGCCGUGGAGGUCGCCAUGUCCUUCGAGCAGGACGGCCAGUCGAAGGACAGCGACCGCGGACAGAUCCAGAAGGCAGCCAGCGCCAUCAUCAGCGCCCUGUCCAAACGCCACAACAGCACCAUCAUGCUGGCUGUGGUGGAGGUCAAAGUGGAGAAGCAGGUGGAUUCGCCGCCUGUCGGUUACUUGGUCCCGGUGCUGUGCGUCGUCUUUAGCCUCCUCUGGAUCUUCUGCAUCGUCGUUUGCGUUUGGUGGACACGCAAGAGGAAGAAAGAGCGCGAGAGAGCCCGAUCCGACGAGACCAUGGUCAACAACCAGCUGAGGGACAGGAAUGUCCCCAACAAGGACAACCGAGACAAAGACAUUCAGUACGAAUGCAAGAAACUGAUGGGCCCCUCCGACAGGACGUGCGACGGGGCCGAGGGCGAGGAGGAAGGGCAACAGGCGGAGCAGGAGGACGACGAGGAGAGGGCGCUGGGGGAGAAGUGUCCGCCACAAAAGUGCUCCAUAGCGGGGCCGCAGGACAGGGGGAUGAUGGGUAAAGGAGGGGUCAUCUGCACAACACGCAGUGGUCCCGACAAGGCGCCGCACCGGACGGCGAACAGCCCCAAAGACAACCGGUGUAAAAACCUGAACGCCGCCAAGCUCAGCGAGGACAUUAAAGACCACUAUGUAUGAACACAGAGGAGGAGGAGGGACCUUCAUGAAUCAAAGAAAAAACAAACUGCGAUGUCUUCAAUGUAUCUUAAAAAAAAUGAAGAUUACAGAUGCUUUAAUUUUCUACUUUUUGUUUGUCACACCUUAUUUAACUUCUUCGCCUGCAGCAUGGAGACUGACUUCACCAAAACCUGAGAAAAAAAUGCAGAAAAACAAAAGAAAAAAAACAUGGAAAAUAAACCUCACAGCUUCUGGAGUUAAACUGUCACACUGUUGGAAUCAUCACGGCUCCUGAUUUUUUUCUUUUUUUUUGUGUUUACAGACUUUCUGAACUAACGCUCACCUUCUUUCUUGUUUCCUCUUCUGACCUUUGAGAUCUAAGCUGAACGUCGUCGGCUGGCAGCUGUUGUUGUUUGGUGCAUUCGUUUCCUGUCUGCCUUAGCCCUUAAACCUGCGGGCCUUUUCUACACUGUCUUUAUAUCUUUUUUUUAAAUAUAUAUAUAUAUAUAUAUAUAUUUAAAAUAAAAAAAACAAAAAAAAGAUUUUAUAUACAGUUUAAGUCUUGAACGUUGGCACAGAGAAUCCACUGUAUUAUACCUGGCAUGAGCAUUUGUUUUGUUUACAUUCAUCUUUUCCAUUUUGCGUUGAGGCUUAAAGGUUCUUACGUAUAUCCUCUGAAACUCGUGUCACUGCUUCUCGCGAGUCUCCACGAUGAUUUUUCAGUAUUUUGCUUAGGUAGAAAAGUGCCUUCAGUUUUUUUCUCCCUCUCUCUCCUCCUAUAGAGUUUAUGCAGAAAUGAAAUCCAUAUAAAGGGAAAGAUGUCCUGGUAACAACUCUUCACACCCCAGUAAAGGUUAUUUUCUUUGUACAUAUGUAAAUAUGAACAAAAUGGCUGUGUAUAUUUGAAUUUAGUAACUUAAGUGAUGCUUUGUAUCAUAGUUAUUCUAAAGAAAGUUUUUGUGCUUGAUUUUUUUUUAAUGAUGUCAUUCCGUUUAUUAGUGUCUGUUGACACUUUGACAGGUUUUAUACAGAUUUUUUCAGACUGUGUCCAGGGUCCCACUGAGUCAUGAGCAUCACUUUAAAAAAAGGAAACAGAUUGUUUGUCUUUACGUGUCCUGAUCAUUUGAGUUUAGAGAGCUGUCUGUUAGGAUCCGAGCAGCAAUGACGAAGAAGCUCGCGGAGCGACUGUCGGAACCUCGCGCGCAACGGUCCCAUUCAUUUCAUGAUGAAGUCUGAUCCCGCCGUUCUCAAACAGCUGUUUCAGAUUUAGGUGUCAAAUCCAAAUCAGCCUUCUCCAAGUCUUUCAAGUUUUGUUUGAGUUUGUUUGAAGAGAUUCAAAUAAUGACGGCAAACCCUCCAAAAAUCCUUCUAAACGUCGCUGAUUUCAAUGCUGCUUCUUUAGUAAAUGGUCUAUAAGUUGUUUUAACUCAGUCCGCUGACAUUUCUUUGGUAAUACUGUACAUCCCCUUCCACAUCUCACAUACUCUAGGCUGUACACAUAUCAUAAAAACACCCUGUUAGCAUCCUGUUGGAAAGCAGCAGUGUGUCGGUGCACAGGCAGGUAAUAAUGGGCGACCUGGCCUUAUUUUAGUGUAACAUAUCUGUAAAAGGAGAAAGCUCCAGGCCUUUGUGUUGUGUUCACGGCAUCCAUUCUGUUUCUUUGUCUUCUAUCCCUUCUCCAGCUGUUUGAAAAUAAAUGACUUGCUCUCGAUUGGGGACUCCAAACGGCACGAAAUAAAGUAGCCCUGUGCUGUGUCUUAAACUGGCCCUGAUGCAGCUGAUUUCUAUUUUCAAUACACACUUAACGGGUCACAGGGUCCAAACAUCUCAAAAGCACUGCUGCUGCUGCUGCUGCCGCUGCUCUGUUCAGUCUGUUCAUACUUGGGUUAUAAAUCCAGCGUUUUACAGUCUGUUGACAGUGGAGAUGCCUCGCAGGGCAGCGGGGUGUUUAGUGAGUAUGAAACCCUUCAUGUGGUGCGCCAUCAUGCGCCUCCAUGCGCCCUCAAAUCCCUCUGCUGAAGUGCCGUAUAUUACACUGAAUCCCCGUCAUAGACAAAACAAAAGGUAGUGUGGUUUGGAUGGAUGAGUGUGUCUCCUGAAUCGUUUCCCCCCGUUCAGCCCCGCCUCUCCUCGUGUAUCUAUUCUGGUCUAAUGAAGGGAACAAGUUGUGUUGUUGUUGAUGUUGUUGACUGUCGUGGUUGUUGUCCAGUGUUUGUAAAGAGUCUGUUUCUGCACUAAAGAACACACAGGAGAAGAGAAACAUUUAGCAUUACCUCCACAACAACAAACGAAAAAGUCACUGUUUGUGGAUGAACUUUAUGUUUUCAAUAUGUUUUUGUUCAUAAUGCUGAUGCAAAUCAUGUAAAACCCAAAUUCAUAUUCUGUCAGUACAUUUCACGUCGUGUUGGUCCCACAGGAGGGGCUGAAUGUGCAGAACAUUGUAAUUAUUUUGUACAAAAUUUGGUAAAAGUCUUGGUUUGUUAGUGGAAUUUUUUUUUGUUUGUUUGUUCUUAGAACAAUCCUAUUAUUUAUUAAAGUAUU